AUGGCUUCGGCAGCUGUAAAAGUAAUGGCAGGCGUAACCAAAGAUUUUUCGCCGUUGUACUACAGGAUAUUAUCAAAAUUUCCUCAGAACUUUACUUUCUGCUUCGCUUAUGGAUCGGCUGUGAAACCACAGACGGGCAACCAGAACAAACAGAACAUGAUCGAUUUAAUAUAUUGUGUUGACAACUCGCAUCGAUGGCACGGGGCUAACAUUGAGCUGAAUAAAUCACACUACUCUGCACUCAGAUACUUAGGCAAAGGCUUCAUUGCAAGGUUUCAGGAAAACUGGGGAGCUAAGGUCUACUUUAACACUCUUGUAGAAAUUAAAGAGGAGAAUGUUGUCAUAAAGUAUGGAGUUGUGUCACAAAAAGAUUUAAUAGGUGACCUGUUAGAUUGGAACGAUUUAUAUCUUGCUGGCAGGUUGCAUAAACCAGUAACAAUUAUUAAACAAAUUAAUAGUACUCAGUUACAGAGUGCACUGCAGUCUAAUCUACGCUCUGCUGUUCACACAGCCCUUCUUACUCUACCUGAGACAUUCACUGAAUAUGACUUUUAUUAUGCCAUAUCUAACCUAAGCUAUGCUGGCGACUUUAGGAUGACUUUUGGAGAAAACAAAAACAAAGUAAGAAAUAUAGUUCAGCCACAAUUGUUAAGUUUUCGUGAACUCUAUCGACCAAUUUUACAGCAAUUCCAUGCUUAUGUAGACAUAUCAACAGGGGAUGCUCAGUGCCAUCAGGAUAUACAUCCAGAAACAAAGUUGCAUCACUUGAUGCAGCUUCCAAUGGUGCCCCAACAGAGGAUCGUGAAGUUCUGGAAUCAUGGUGGACCACAGCAAGACAUGGAAGAUGUCCUUCGUGCUGUAGCCUAUGACAUAGAUUGCGCUAUUGUAUUGAGACAAAUACUUAAAGACAUUGUUUGGCAAUCUAGUGUAAGACAGUCAUUAAAAGGCAUACUUACUGCUGGUAUCAAAAUGCUAUCAGAUGAGUCCAGUAGUGAUUCAGAAACUGGUAGAUUCAAAGGUCGAACUAAAAAAGAAGAACAAACCUCAAAACAAAAAUCAGAUAAUUCUAGAGAAACAGGUAGAAGUAGGCAUUCUGGUAAUGACAGAUUCCAAAGAUACUCUGAUAGAAGAAGAGAUGAUAGAGAUAACUUUGAUAAACAUUCUAGGGAUAGAGAUCGACAUAGGUUCAGUAGGAAUUCACCAAUAAGGAGAAGACAUUCAAGAGAUAGAAGUCAAAAUAGGAGAUCACAUGAGAAAAAUAAGCACAGAGAGUCCACUGAAAAAACUAAAUAUAGAGAGUAUAGAAGUAAUAGUAGGGAUAGACAUAAAAAUUCUGGAUUCAGGUCUUAUGCCUUACAUGAUAACAGUAAAGAUCAACAAGAGGGAACUCGACGCAGUACUGUUCGUGAUAAAAGUCCUGAGAAACAAGCAAAGAAGGCCAGAGACAAAUCAUUAUCCCCUCGCAGGGGAAAACGAUCUGAAAUUUAUGUACCACCCCCCCUUUUAGCCAUUGAAAAGAGAGCACCAGAGAGGAAAAAGAGUGAAAGCCCAAUAAUGAUAGAUGAGAAUGAUCACAGUGACCAUGAGGAAGUGCUACUAGGAUCUUACUAUAAGAUGAUACCAGCAGUUAUAAAAGACAAGUCAGAGGAAUCUAGUGAGAUUGAUUCUUCUGAUGAUGAAAGAUUAAGAGCAAAACUUUUAAAUUUAGAAAAAGAAUUACAUAAGACUAAAAAGCAGAAAAAACAUAAAAAAAAACAUAAAAGGAAGAGUUUAAAGUCUAGUAAAGAAAGAGAAUUGCGUGAUACUUCUGUAUCAGUUGAGGUUAGCAGUACAACUGAUAUAGCAAUAAAACCUGAUGUAGCACUUGAAGUUCAGCUCGAAGUUAUGGAAGAAGUAUCCUCAACUCAAAAACAUGCUCAGAAGGAAAGCUGUGAGGAAGGAGAAAUAUCUAGUGAUGAUUCUCAGGGCCAGAUUGACAUUGACCCUACAGACUUGCGACACAAGCUGAGACGUGGAAAGCCAAAAAGCAAUGUUUGUGGACCAGCAUUACCUCCACAUCUCGAAAAACAGUACAAACGAAGUGCCUCUCCAGAAAUAGAAGGUCCAGCAUUACCACCUCAUCUUAAAAGAAGUUGUAAAAUUGGACCAUCUAUUCCUGACAAUAUGCGCAAAGUACUAUCUGAAAGGGAACAAGAAGUUGUCAAAUAUGAAAGCUCUGAUGAUGAUGGUGGCAUUGGUCCUCUUCCUGUUGGGUCCGAAGAAAAAUGGUCUGAUGCACACCGUCGCCUUGAAGAAAGAGCUUUAGACAUAAAGAUUAAGAAUUUAGAUGGAAGUACAGAUCCCAAAGUCAAAUCCCGAGAGAAAUGGAUGUUGGAGCUACCCGAAGGUAAAGCAAAGUAUAUAGGCUUGGAAGCCAGAAGUUUUAGGGCCAAGGAAGGUCCUGACAUGUCAGACAGAUCGACAUGGACGGAUACCCCAAAAGAAAAAGCAAGGAAAGCAGCAGGGCUCACGAAAGAAGAAGACUUAGACACGCAGUUGAAGGAAGAAGCCCGAAUGCGUCAUAUCAUUAACAGAGACGAAGAACAAGAAUCCGCUAUUAAAAAACAUAAAAAGAAACACAAGAGAGAAGAAAGCUUGCUAGAGAUGCAUCAGAAGAAAUUGAAAAAGAAGAAAAAGAAGGAAGAGAAGGACGAUGGUAAGAAAGAACGCCGUCCGUUCAGCCGCGAUGUGGAUCUUCAAGUUAACCGUUUUGACGAAGCUCAAAAGAAGUCCAUCAUCAAGAAAGCUCAAGACUUGAAUACUAGAUUUGGCAAAGGAGAAGCUAAAUAUUUGUAA